AUGGAUACUUGGGCUGAUAAGGGUGCUAAAAUGGAUUCAGAUGCAGGUGAUGAUAAUUGGGAGAAGAAGUCCAGCACUCCUGAGGCAUCAAAUAAAAAUGACCCAUGGGCCAAAUCAGAAAAUACAUGGGACAAAAGAAAAGGAGAUGGAGAUGCUAAGCAAUCAAAUUCUUGGGAUGGCUGGAAUGUUGUGCCUGCUGAGAACUCACAAGGUACUACUCAAUGGAAAGAGACAACUGAUUCUGGUAACAAGGACUGGAAAGCAGAUGGAUGGGGUGCCAAAUCUGGUAACUGGAGCAGCCAAAGAAACAAUCCUAGGAGACCCCCAAGGAGACCGGUUUAUACUUGUGACAAUGGAAAUGACUACCCAUACAUAGCAUUUCAGUACAACAGAGAAUUAAGUAAUGUGAAACGCUAA